AUUGUGGUGGCCGGAUACGUCCAUUACCCAUCUUGUCCAUAUCUCCCUCCAGAUUUUGAUUUUGAUGCAGACCACCAAGAUAGUAGAGGACCACCCCCUCAAGCAAUACACGACAACGGAAUGCUUCACCUAGUUCUGCACUAUCUUUCACAGAAACUUAUACGAGAAAUGGAAGGCGAGGAGGAGACGAUGCUCAACCAGCGACAAGGCCAGGUGCUGCACGACAAGAUCACGGGCUUCUACGAUGAGAUCCUCAAGCAUCCGGCGCUGAACAGCAACCGGAUUGCCUUCAGUCAGAAGAAGCCGGAUUUCGCCGAGUACCGGCCGGAUCACCCCGGAGAGGCCUCGCCGUCUCAUCGGCGGGGCAAACGUGCAACUGGCCUUCUGACCGAGAUCUGCCAAAGCGUCCGCGGAUGGGAGCAAGAAACCAUCGGCGUGACGAGGAACCAUGAAGUGGUCAACCUGUAUCCAGAUCAGCAUUUUUUUACCACCAGGUGUCUGAGUAACGGGCAGAGCUGCAACUACAUCAACGAUUGGACGGUGACUUCGGAGUGUACUUCGCGCUCGUCGUGGACGAUUGCCUACGUCGAGGUGUUAGACGGUUCGAGUAUUGGCUACGACUGGGAAUGGAUUGCCAUCGAUACAUGCUGCAGCUGUGCCGCUAGCGCGUAAUAUCAAUCAUUGAGGAAGGUACUUGUAGAAUGAGACAAAAGAUUUGGGGAUGAUUUUAUAUAGCCUAGAUCCCCAGCCCUGGCCCGUAAAACUUUCUCUCGGAGGAAGGGUUUGAUUUAUAUUUACGAACAUCACUGACUGAUGAAGCUUAUUCACUCAAGAUGCCUUAAUCGUGGCUCAGCUUUAUUUGUGGUUGUAAAAAAAAUAUAUCACGCCCACAACAUAUUAUUCCUAUGUGUAUCACCUGUGAUCCUACCAGUGCAUAUGACGUUAUCAGUUUGUUGUACUUUAUCUGAAAAAAAAGACUAAGUGUGCAAUUUAAAAUGUGACAAGUGAUUAACAAAACGUACAUUCAUGACACUAUUAAAGGAUUUCGAAGACUAACGUUUAAGAAAUACGCUAAAUUGUAAGCACUGGACUACUUUUUGAAUUGUUUUCUCUAGUUGAGUUUCCGCAAGUAGGAUAUUGUUGUGUAUAAAAGACAAAAUCAAAAAUUAUAUUAUACCGAAUUCUGGAUGAGUGACUACUCUUCUCAUUGUUUUCUCGCUGAGUGCAAUGACGAGCAGACAUGAAUAGUAUUUAUGACAGCUGUAAUAUUUUAAGACGUGUUAUUUCAGAGUUUAAUUCUGGGAAACUGAGACUUAAUAUCAGCAAUUAAUUCAAAAAAUUUGCAAUUAUAAAUAUGCUUUUAAGAGACCAAACGCGACCGCAUAUCCCCCGUGGGAUUGCAGCGGACGGAAGACUAAGGAGUAAGGACACCGCUUAGAAAUUUGAAAGUAAAAUUAUGUUUUUUUUCCAUGCCGUUUUUAUUGUCUCUAAAAUUUCAGCCGAUUUCAUACCUCAGUCUGUCAAGGGAAACCGCUGAAUUUUAUUAGGCCUAUAUCCACUUUUGCAUGCUAUACAUACACUCACUGCUUGUGUUCCCGAAUACAAAUUCACGAGGAAAAAAUAUAUAGAAAAGAAAAUUUAAAUAAAAGCUGGCAACCCUCAACCUUUACUUGGGAAAACCGCGCGUUGACGUUGUCGUACCCUUGGGAACUCGACUGAGCCUGAUGUCUGAAGUGCGAUAAGUCAAAUUUGUGCAGGUAGCAGACCAGUAAAUAAACCUCCAUAGACCCCAAUGGUAAAUGCUCCCACUUCAAAAAUUCGGGAAAAAUACUCACAA